CAUUCACCAACUUCUACAGACAAUGGACUCUUUCGAUCUUAACCACCUUUAAGCAACUAAUUCCGCUUCAAUUCAAGACCACUACGACUCUCCUUGAUUUCGUUGCGACUGACGCGCAAUUCGCGCGCGAGACAACAAUGGCAGCUUCAAGGAAACACAACCAAGCAAGCUACAACAUAUUCACCGGCGAUUCAGAAUCUCCACCUCCAAAGUCGCGCGAACCAUUACGAGAAACCUUCCGAACGACCUUGCGCACAUCUCAAGUCGCCCCUCACACGAUUGUCCCUUCAGAUCCAGUGAACGAGGAUCUACGAGCGCAAAUCAACGCGCUUCGCUACGAGUUAGAGGCUGCAAAACAGGAUCGCGAGAGGGCUGAUCUAGAACAAGAACAGAGAACGAGGCAACUUGAGACCAAGGCGGAGGUGGAGCAGAACAAGGCGCAACAAGCAGAGAAGCUGAGCAACAAAGCCUCGGAAAAGUUUGAUAAUCUACAGCGAGAGUUUUCUGAGGCGCAAAGCCGAAGCGAGAACGAACGCCAGGAUCUGGAGAGGCGGCUGCGUGCAUCUCAAGACAAGGCACAGCAACUGCAGGAGGAUGUAGAUGAAGCGAACGAGCAGCUCUCGGCUGUACAACGGCAAUCAGGGCACAAAUUCAACACCCUUCAGACGGAACAUGAAGCCUUGAAAACGACAGUAUCCGAGUUGCGAGUGGAACUAGAUGUCAAGGUGAAUGCGCUCUCGACAGCACAAAAGAGACUCUCAGAAAAGGAGGCUGAGGCAGGAGAUCUUGAGGCCGAGGUUCUACGACUGAAAGCGAUGACAGGAGAUGCAGAGACAUUGACUGUUAUCAAGAGGGAGCUGUCGGACCAAGUGGCGCAUAUCAAAAAGCUAGAGUCUUUGACCCGAGAACAAAACGCCGAAUUGAAGACCUACAAGAGGCAACAUAAGGCGAUCGAGGUUGUGGAAGAGGAGAAGAGAUCCCUUGAAACCAAGGUGCGCAUGAUGGAUGACCUACGACAAGAGUUGGCUGAGGCACACUUGAGAAAGCAGGUAUUGGAGGAUGAGAAGAACUCAUGGACAUCUUACCUAGAGAACGAAGCCGAAUCUGGGGAUAACAUCCAAUUCGAAACACCAGAAGAUCUUGCACGGGCAUUCAUUCGAGAGCGACUGGAACGGGCCGAUCUCAUGAACAAACUUGGAGAAAUUAAGCCGGAACUUCUUGUUAAAGAGGCAAACAUUCAAACACUGGAAGACGAGAAAGCGGCACUGCAAUCCGAGAUCCAGCAACUCAAGUCUGCGACUUCGACUGCGCCUAAUGCUGGUGAAGCAAAAGCACGCGCAAGAUUAGAACGACAGAAAGCCCUAGCGACGAAGGAGGUCGAAUUCCUUAGGGCACAAGUCAAAGCAUUCGACGACGAGGAACGGGAGAUGCAGCCUGAUACGUACGAUGCGACGAAAGCAGCACGUGUGAAAGAGCUGGAAGAUCUCAUUGACUCGUACCGCGCAGAGAUUGAGAAUCUCCGGAAGGAGCUUGAUUCUGUAGAGCUACCUUCCGCAGUAGUUACAACAGGCCAGAAAAGACCACUGGAAUCUGACGAAGGCUCAGACGAACGAAUCGGCGAGUUACGUAGGAAGAAUCGACAACUUCAAGAAGAAUCUUCGACACUACAAAAGAAGAUCAAGCUCCUUGAAUCCGAUUCGAAGGCCCAAUUGAAACAGCUCAAGCAGCUCAAGGAGUCAUCACGCGUACGUGUGCUAGAACUCAAAUCCAAUCCGACAGCCGAUGCAGAGGCACUAAAACUUUCCACUGUCCGCCACCUUCGGGAAGCGAACUCACAGCUCCUCGACAGACUUGAUGGGAAAGACCUCCCGUCAGAUACAAUGGUUCCUCUGUCUCAGCUGGAGGCCACUCGCGACCAACUCGCGGAGCUUACUGCUACAGUUGCUUCUCAUGAGAAGCGCAUCAAGCGUCUCAAGCAGAUCUGGACUGCUAAGUCACUCGAGUUCCGCGAGGCAGUGGCCUCGAUAUUAGGAUGGAAAUUGGACUUCAUGCCCAACGGGCGAGUACGUGUUACGAGUAUGUUCUAUCCUGGCGAUGAAGAGACAGGAGAGAAUAGCAUCGUCUUUGAUGGAGAGAACGGUACAAUGAAAGUAAGCGGGGGAGAGCAGAGCGCCUUUGCGAAUGAGAUCCGCGAUCUCAUCACAUUCUGGGUGGAGGAGAGGAAAGAGAUUCCAUGUUUCCUUGCGGCAAUGACUUUGGAAUUCUGGGAACGAACAACAAGAGCCGCCCGGUAAAAAGAGUGGCCUUAUUUAUCAUGGCGCAGGUUUUGAACUAUAGAUACCGAUUCCCAUACGGAUCGUAUCUAGACUAUGACUAGGCGUUUCUUCCUCAUGAGGGUUUAACAUAUGUUUAUAAUUCAUGCCUGGCUUCCCAUUUCGGAGCCCUCAGACUCGGAUUCUUUCCCAAGAAAACCAAAUACUCAAAGGCGUUAUUGCUCUUUGAUGUCAGCCCAUGCUUUAGUGAAGACACCCUCGCUACCACUGUCCCUCCAUCCCCAAGCUACACAGUAGUGCCUGAGCAGAAGAUCGAGCUCCUCAAGCUCGUCUAACAUCUCUAAUGCCGCUACCCUUUC